GGCGGCGAGCACGAGUGCUGCGAGCGGGUGGUGAUCAACAUCUCGGGCUUGCGUUUCGAGACCCAGCUCAAGACGCUGGCGCAGUUCCCCGAGACGCUGCUGGGCGACCCGCGCAAGCGCAUGCGCUACUUCGACCCGCUCCGCAACGAGUACUUCUUCGACCGCAACCGGCCCAGCUUCGACGCCAUCCUCUACUACUACCAGUCGGGCGGGCGCAUCCGGCGGCCCGUCAACGUCCCCAUCGACAUCUUCUCCGAGGAGAUCCGCUUCUACCAGCUGGGGGAGGAGGCCAUGGAGAAGUUUCGGGAGGACGAGGGCUUCAUUCGGGAGGAGCAGAGGCCGCUGCCCGACAAGGAGUUCCAGCGCCAAGUGUGGCUCCUCUUCGAGUACCCGGAGAGCUCUGGGCCGGCCCGAGGCAUCGCCAUAGUCUCUGUCCUGGUCAUCCUCAUCUCUAUCGUCAUCUUCUGUCUGGAGACCCUGCCUGAGUUCAGGGAUGAUCACGACUAUGAGGGAACCGGGGGGACCUUUGGGACGGGUGGUGGCCCUUUCCCACCUGAUGUCUUCACCAAUUCCUCGUCCUCGGCUGCUUCCAUGGUGUCGUCCUUCACCGACCCUUUCUUUGUGGUGGAGACUUUGUGCAUCAUCUGGUUCUCUUUUGAGCUGCUCGUCCGCUUCUUCGCCUGCCCCAGCAAGGCCACCUUCUCCAAGAACAUCAUGAACAUCAUUGACAUUGUGGCCAUCAUUCCCUACUUCAUCACGCUGGGCACCGAGCUGGCCGAGAGGCAAGGGAACGGCCAGCAAGCCAUGUCCUUAGCCAUCCUUAGAGUCAUCCGCCUAGUCAGAGUCUUCCGCAUCUUCAAGCUCUCCCGGCACUCCAAGGGGCUGCAGAUCCUGGGGCAGACCCUCAAGGCCAGCAUGCGGGAGCUGGGUUUACUCAUCUUCUUCCUCUUCAUCGGCGUCAUCCUCUUCUCCAGCGCCGUCUACUUCGCAGAGGCCGAUGACCCCAGUUCGGGUUUCAGUAGCAUCCCCGACGCCUUCUGGUGGGCAGUGGUGACCAUGACCACAGUGGGCUAUGGGGACAUGCACCCCAUCACGAUCGGGGGCAAGAUUGUGGGGUCUCUCUGUGCCAUCGCGGGGGUGCUAACCAUUGCUCUCCCUGUGCCUGUCAUCGUCUCCAAUUUCAACUAUUUCUACCACCGGGAGACCGAAGGUGAGGAGCAAGCCCAGUACAUGCACGUCGGCAGCUGCCAGCACCUCUCGUCCACCGAGGAAAUGAGGAAGGCUCGCAGCAAUUCCACCCUCAGCAAGUCGGAGUACAUGGUGAUAGAAGAAGGGGGCAUCAACCACAGUGCAUUCAAACAGGCUACCUUUAAGACAGGCAACUGCACAACCACAAACAAUCCCAACUGUGUGAACAUCAAAAAGAUCUUUACGGACGUUUAAAAACAAAACAGAACAAACAAACAAACAAACAAACAAAACCCUGAGGCUGCGUUGCAAAACAACAACAAUAAUAAUGCAAAAUGACUGUGUACUCAGUGUUGUGUGGAACAUGCACCAUCGUCGGUCCGUGUGUGCCCUUGGUUUUAUACGUUUCCUUUUUUUUUAGAUUGUUCCUUUCUAUCGAUCAUAAAAAGGAGGAUUUAAAAUGCUCCGAAGAAAAGAGGACGGGUAAAGGGUAAAGGCGAGGAAGACGAAGGCAAAACACACUCACCCUGGAAACAGGUGUUUGUUCUGCAACGUGUGGCAGGGCUGCUUUUGUUUUCUCCUUUCUGGGGACGUCUUGCUUGGCUUCUGUUUUGUUUUGUUUUGUUUUUUUUUUGUCCUCCCCCUUCCCUAAAGGCAGUGUGUAGCUGUUUUCCCUUCCAUCACAUAAGCUCACUUGUUGGAUUAGCAACCGCGAGUUGGGUGGGGAGACGAGAAAAACAUGUUGCGGAGCUCGUUGGAAGGAGAUGGGGGUUGGGAGGAAAACGACCGCUUAAUUUUGCAAAGAGUCUCUGUUACCACAUUGUUAAAUGAUGCUUAAUAUCGAAACAUGUGGUGUGCCAUUAGGGGCGCAUCCCAGAUUCCCUUUUCUCCCCUUCUAGAUCUUUUUUGAAAUUCUAAUCUGGCCGGAGAGCGAGUGUAAUCACUUCUGAUUUAAACAGCACGAAGAAACAAAAAAAAAAUUCCUCAUUUUCUAUUCCUAACUCCCUUCCCCUGCAACCCUACGGGAUUAUUGCAUCCGACAGAAAAUUGCUGCCCGCCCGGCGAGCGUGAGCACGGGGCAGGGGGAGACGAAAG